AGUCAGCCUGCCCACACCGUCACACACAUUCCAGGGUUCACAUUCAUAAACACAGUCUGGACUUGGUGCCAGCACCUCCCACCUGCAAGUGAGCAGCUGUUCCCAAAGGCAUGGGGUACCCCCAGCUGUCUAUUUUUCACCAGGACUGCUGCCCAUCAUCUCCAAGAAUAAACACCAGCUAGUAGCUGCGUGGAUCUGAAUCAUGUGGGAGCUUCCAAAGGAGGGGAGUGACUGCCCAGGACACGCAAGCAGGCUAUAUAAGUUCCUGAAGCUUGGACUUCACACAGAUCUCUUCCUGUGGCUACUCCCUGCCAGAGAGUUACCUACAGAGAACUUACUUGGCAUCUACCAUGUCUGAGGUUGGCACUGCCGAAGCCCCCAUCAAGAAGAAGCGUCCCCCUGUGAAGGAAGAAGACCUGAAGGGGGCCCGAGGGAACCUGGCCAAGAACCAGGAGAUCAAGUCUAAGACAUACCAGGUCAUGCGGGACUGUGAGCAAGCUGGCUCAGCUGCCCCGUCUGUAUUCAGCCGCAACCGCACAGGCACCGAGACAGUCUUUGAGAAGCCCAAAGAGGGACCUGCCAAGAGCGUCUUUGGCUGAGAAGUACACACUGCGCCACUCCAAACACCUGGACACAGGAGCCUUUCCCACGAGCUGUCUGUGUGUCUGUCUGUCUAUCUAUCUACUAUCUAUCUAUAUCUAUCUAUCUUUUUUAUAAUGCUGGAAGAUGCCUUUUCCCUGCUGUCUCCAGAACCAUCAUGACUCCCACAGCCCUGGCCCUUCUUUACCAUCUUGGAAACACCAAUAAAGAGGGUGCCUGAGUGGAUUCA